AUGGAGUCUACAGAACGCUCCCCCAAACGUCGCCGCUCCACCGACGGCUAUGUAGAGUCGCCACCCCGCCGUCGCUCUCUAUCCCGCUCUCCGACCCACGCAUCCCCCAAAUACAACCUUAUUGAGCGACCAGCGCGUCGCAGUUACAGUCGCGCCGACAGCGACGACGAAGCAGACAGACGAUACUACCGCGAUCGACGGUCACCGCGCUCGACGAGAUCGCGGUCAAGACGACGCUCGAGGUCCCCGUCCGGGACCAUUGCGACUCCUCCGCCCGACAAACCUACUCAAUUACAUUACAAGCCGCACUUGAUACUGCGGGGACACAAGAAGGGGGUGGCCGCGGUCAAAUUCUCACCAGACGGGCGGUGGAUAGCCAGCUGCUCAUCGGAUGCAACAAUCAAGAUCUGGGACGCGAGAACCGGGGAGCUAGCACACACCCUCGAAGGCCAUCUAGCUGGAAUAUCAACCAUAGCAUGGAGCCCCGACUCGAAAAUCCUCGCCUCAGGCUCUGACGACAAGUCUAUCCGGCUGUGGGACGUGACUACAGGCCAACCCCAACCCGUACCCCUCCUAGGUCACCACAACUACAUCUACGCCCUAGCCUUCUCCCCAAAAGGCAACAUGCUCGUCAGCGGCUCCUAUGACGAAGCCGUCUUCCUCUGGGACGUGCGCGCCGCCCGCGUCAUGCGCUCCCUCCCCGCGCACUCCGACCCCGUCUCCGGCGUCGACUUCGUACGCGACGGCACUCUCAUCGCCUCCUGCGCAUCAGAUGGGCUCAUCCGCGUGUGGGACACGGCAACCGGCCAAUGCCUGCGAACACUCGUACACGAGGAUAACGCACCGGUCACGAAUGUGCGGUUCAGCCCAAACGGAAAAUAUGUGCUAGCCUGGACGCUGGAUAGUUGCAUACGGCUUUGGAAUUAUGUGGAGGGCAAGGGGAGGUGCGUGAAGACGUAUCAGGGGCAUAUAAAUAAGAAGUAUAGUAUUGGUGGUGCAUUUGGGGUGUAUGGGACGCGGGACUACCUGUAUGCAUUUGUGGCGAGCGGGAGCGAGGACGGCAGCGUUGUGCUGUGGGAUGUGAGUUCGAAGAAUGUGAUGCAGAGGCUCGAGGGGCAUGAGGGGGCGGUGUUGGGCGUCGAUGCGCAUCCUACGCAGCAGGUGAUUGUGAGCGCGGGGUUGGAUCGGACGGUGAGAGUGUGGAGGGUGGAGGAAGGCCAUGGGGAAGCAGUUGCGGGGCCUAAAAUAGAUAGAGAGGUUGAGACAGUAGUGACAGAGGAGAGUUGAGCGAUUGAAGAAAUCAUGGGCUUGCUUCAGGCGCGGUUUCAAAUUCCAUGAUACCCGGAACUUUUGGACUUAAGUAUGUGGAGGCUUCUAAUUCUACUACAUGCCGUUUUGAUAGCUGCAUCUCACGAUUGAUUUACACCACUUGUACCUCCGAC